AUGGCGAACUUCACACCUGGCAAUGGCAGCUCAGCCAAUCAGUCUGUGCGCCUGGUCACAGCCACCCAUAACCACCUGGAGACAGUGGAGAUGGUGUUCAUUGCCACGGUGACAGGCUCGCUGAGCCUGGUGACGGUUGUGGGUAACAUCCUGGUGAUGCUGUCCAUCAAAGUCAACAGGCAGCUGCAGACGGUCAACAACUACUUCCUGUUCAGCCUGGCAUGCGCGGAUCUCAUCAUAGGUGCGUUCUCCAUGAACCUCUACACCGUGUACAUCAUCAAGGGCUACUGGCCCCUGGGCGCGGUGGUCUGUGACCUGUGGCUGGCCCUGGACUAUGUAGUGAGCAACGCCUCUGUCAUGAACCUUCUCAUCAUCAGCUUCGACCGCUACUUCUGCGUCACCAAACCCCUCACCUACCCUGCCCGCCGCACUACUAAAAUGGCAGGCCUCAUGAUUGCGGCUGCCUGGGUCCUGUCCUUUGUGCUCUGGGCCCCCGCCAUCUUGUUCUGGCAGUUUGUGGUGGGCAAGAGGACAGUGCCUGAUAACCAGUGUUUCAUCCAGUUCUUGUCCAACCCGGCAGUGACCUUCGGCACAGCCAUUGCUGCCUUCUAUCUGCCCGUGGUCAUCAUGACGGUGCUGUAUAUUCACAUCUCACUGGCAAGUCGCAGUCGAGUUCACAAGCAUCGACCUGAGGGCCCCAAGGAGAAGAAGGCCAAGACUCUGGCUUUCCUCAAGAGCCCCCUCAUGAAGCCGAGUAUCAAGAAACCUCCACCAGGAGGCGCUUCUCGAGAGGAACUGCGCAACGGGAAGCUAGAAGAGGCCCCUCCGCCAGCCCUGCCCCCACCUCCACGCCCAGUGACCGACAAGGACACUUCCAAUGAGUCGAGCUCGGGCAGUGCCACCCAGAACACCAAGGAACGGCCACCCACAGAGCUGUCCACCACAGAGGCCACCACACCAGCCCUGCCCGCCCCUACCCUGCAGCCACGAACCCUCAACCCAGCCUCUAAAUGGUCCAAGAUUCAGAUUGUAACCAAGCAGACAGGCAAUGAGUGUGUGACAGCCAUCGAGAUUGUACCGGCCACCCCAGCUGGCAUGCGCCCAGCAGCUAAUGUGGCCCGGAAGUUCGCCAGCAUUGCUCGCAACCAGGUGCGGAAGAAGCGACAGAUGGCGGCCCGCGAGCGCAAAGUGACUCGGACCAUCUUUGCCAUCCUGCUGGCCUUCAUCCUCACCUGGACACCCUACAAUGUCAUGGUCCUGGUGAACACCUUUUGCCAGAGCUGUAUCCCUGAGAGGGUGUGGUCCAUUGGCUACUGGCUCUGCUACGUCAACAGCACCAUCAACCCUGCCUGCUAUGCACUUUGCAAUGCCACUUUCAAAAAGACCUUCCGGCACCUCCUGCUAUGCCAGUAUCGGAACAUCGGCACGGCCAGGUAG